AUGAUCCUGUUUCGCAAAGCAGCAUACAGUCAAGCAAAAAGUGUAUCAACCGAAUACAAGACCGCUAUUGAGGCUAGAAAGGAUGCUCGAACUGAUUGCGGAUCUAACGUUGAAAGCCAGGACGUUGCUGAAAGCAAACUAAAUAACCGGAGAAAAUGGCGGGCUGUAACCCAGAAAGUAGCUCAACAAGCAAAUAAUAGAGAACAUGCGAAGAAGUGCAAGCCCAAACAAAGGCAUGAAGAAUGUGCUAAUAUCAAGAAGAAAGAAAAGCGAGAAACACAAGCAGAUCUCGUUCUCGCAGCUAGAAAUGCCAACCGCACGAAAGCCGAGAGAGCUUCCAAAAAAACAGCCAAAGAUUCUGAGGAAUAA